AGGCACCGCAACCGGUGCCCGUGGCACCGCUGCCGCCGCGCCCUGUGCGGCCCGACGUGCGCCCGGCGGCGCCGCCGGUGCCGGCCAAGGCGAUGGCGGUGACGGAAGCGGCGGAGGUGGAAGCGGAGGAGCUGCCAGCCCCGGCCCCCGCAACCCCUGCGGACAAAGCCACGGCGCCCAAAGCUGUGCCGCCUGGGGCCGUGCCUGCGGCACCGCCGGCGGCCCCACCGGUGUCUGCGGAACCGAAGAAGAAUCGAUGGAAGCGCGCUCGAACAGCAGAAGCGAAGGCCGCCCCUGAAGUUCCAGCAGUGCCAGCUGCAAAACCUCCCAGCAGAGAAAUGUCGUUGGAGAAUUUGGAGGACAUGGAGGACGAUGGCCGAGAUUUGGACGCGGAGUUGGAGGCCAUGACGCUGGAGGCUGCCGAGUUGGAGAAACAGCUGGAAGCCGCGGAGGCUUCAGAGAUGGCCUUCCUACAGGCAAAUGCAGGUGACCUUCCGGCCGAGGACACUGGGGCAGUUCUUAGCCCAGCGACCAAAAAGAAGCGAAAGAAGAAGAUCAGGACUUCCCGAUCAUUGUGUUCCCGAUAGCAGCGAGGGUUGUGUUGGGGUCUCCCGCAUUUUUGGACAAUGAACUUUUCAACCCGGCGAAAAGUGGACACUUCGUAAGGAAAACAAGCUCCAAACAGC